UGCCUGCUACUGGAACAGCCUCUUGUGUGGUUUUGUUUUUGAUGAUGUUUCAGCAAUACUGGACAAUAAAGACUUGCAUCCAUCUACUCCUUUGAAAACUUUAUUUCAGAAUGACUUCUGGGGAACUCCUAUGUCUGAAUUAUUAUUCAUGGCCCCUUUCUGAAGUCUCCAGAUUUGGGAGCUUCUCAAGAGUGAGGAUAGGGUCUGUCUUCAUCUAGUCACAAGCACAUGAUAAUUUUUUUUUAAUAAACAGACUUUAUUUUUCUUAAACCUUCCUGUUCUCAACCAAUUUUAGCCUUUAAAAUAAACCUGUUGAUAAGGUAAAAAUAUGUCCUAUUAUACAUUAUUUUCUAGAGAAUUUUUCCCCCUCUACACCUACUCUUUUUCCCCAGAGAUCCUUAGAAACACUUGCCCAUUUCCCCCAAUUUAUGGUAGUAUCUGCUGUGAUUUUAUUCAUGACACUGAGAUUUUGACCUGAAAGGUUAGCUGGCCAGAUUAAAGGGCUCAUAAAAGUUUUCAUACCAAGGUAUCAAGGCUAUGCUUUGUGUUUUCUCAGCUUUGAAGAUUGAAAAUUUGCUUUUGUUCAGAGAACCUGUAAGUGGACAACUAAGAAUAAGUCUCAUAAUAACUCAGAUGGAAUGGAUGAAGAAAUUAGAAUUGCAAUUUAUAGUGAAGAGUGUCAUGUCCUUCUAUUUUCUGAUGGGCAUAUUCUCUCCCUGGAGGGAAAUGUGCCACUAGGGAAAAGUUAUUAUAAGUAGUAUUUGGGUGUCCCUAAGGUUUCUUGACAAACUUGGAAUUAGCGCAUUUAAAGUGCUCAGGGUUGAUGUCAAGUAAUGAUAGCCUUGAAGUCUGUGUGUAGGUGCCCAGACCUUUGUAAGCAUUUUUGUGCUAGAGGAGAUCUUAAAGGCACGGUUUUGGAUUAGGACACUCUCCUGAGCUAUAUGAAUACACCAUAUUAAGGGUCUUUGGAUUCCUCUGGGCCUCUCAGUGUUUAGAUUAUCUCCUUAGUAAGCCCAUUCUUUAAAUAUGUAGUCUUCUGAUUAUUGAUGCUUCAGUGUAUUAUAACUCUGUACGUUAGAAUCUGCCUGGGACUCUUAAAAUAUAUUACCAAGGCUCUACCAAACCUGUUAAGUACAGUUAUCUCAGAGUUGGAUAUGGGUGUCAGUAUUUUUAUAUUGCUUUGUUUGUGUGUGUUUGCUUUUUUGUUGUUUUUUGUGGGACUUUUAUAGGGGAGGGCUGUGCAAAAGGGUUUUUUUUAAAGUUAGCUAGGUAUUUUUUUCAUGUAGCCAUAGUUGAAAAUCACUGAUAUGUAAUGAACCACACUCUUCUAGCAUUUGGCCUAUGAAAGUAUUAAAGUAUUAGAGUAACUUCUCUUAAUAUCCUGUCUCACUAUGUUUAUGCCAUGUCUACAUGGGUAUUCACAUUAACCAUUAACAAGGAACUGUUAGCUUAUUCAUUCAUUAUAUUCAUGCUUACCUAUUUAUUGCAACCUAAUACUAUGAGUAAUUAAGUUUUUCUUAAAUAUACCUGAACAUAAUAAUGAUCUGAAUUGUUUUGUUCAUAAUGGAACUAGUUGUUUCACUAUAUUUUCACAGAGUAAACCUGGUAUCUGCUAAGAUGAUGAUUAUCAUGUUGUAGUCUUAGGUUACUAAUGAGUUAUGUGAAUAAUAAGUUAUGUUAAUAAUUAAUCUAUCUUAAAGUUUGCCAUUACUCAUGGCUAUAUACAUCAAACAGACAAAGCAAUUAUGUAUGCAAUUAAAAAUACCUGUUUCCUAUAUUUUUUGACUUCAUCCUUUCAACUGGCAAAUAUGUACCAGCGGAGCCCCAGUAACAUUUCAAGCACUCACAAAGUUUUUAGAAUCUCUUUUGCCUUCUAAUAUAAAUCAUGCAAGUUUGAUAUAGUGUCUUAAAAACAAUAUUGUAUUCCUGAGUUGAAAUUUGAAGGAUGUACAGGAAUUAAACAGGGAAGAAUAUUCUAGGUAGAUGGUGUGUAUGGUCAGUAUAGAGAUAUUAAAAUGUUUCUAAUUUCAAAUUGGGACAUAUUUGUUUUCUGGGCUUCCUGAUGUUCCCUAGUAAGGAUGAAUAGGCUUAAGUCUGUACCUGUAUACCAGGGUUACAGCAAAAUAUGGUAAAAGGUAGGAGACCACGAGAAGCUGGAUGUGAGUGCCCUUAACUAAAAUUACAAAAAAUUACCAGGAUAAUAUUUUAUACACUUUUGACCUGUGUGUUUUUUUGUUAGGGUAAGUAUUUUUGUCUUAGGGUAAAAAUAUUUCUGGUUAAAUGUAACUUCUAAUUUGUAAAAAAAUGCAGUUCUUCACAUAAAAUUUUAUUUAUCUACAAUAGAGACUAUCGUAACUGCUAUCCUCUUAUUCUAAGAAAGUUUUUGCUCUUGUAUCACUCUGGAAUAUUUGGGGUGUUUUGGUUUAAUGUACUUAGAUUUAUACAUUAUGGAGGUAUUUUUCAUAAAACAGCUACACAGUACCUUUUUGAGUCACCACUAUUUAAAUUGCACUGGUAAGCAUCCCAAUCUUACCUUUCCUUUCUAAGAUCUAGCCAGAAGUUACAUAAAUGCUUGCACUGGUAAUAGAUUGGGAAGUCAGCUUUGGGGAGAAUCCUGUUCUCCAGUUUGAUCAAUGCCACUAUUGUCCUACUCUUUCUAAAAACAAAAUCCAUGUAUUGAAGAAUAAUAGAUUUUCUUCCUCUACUUAUUAAUUCUCUCACCACUCUGUAUCAGAGAAGAAAUGCCUUGUGUUUGGACUAAGGAAAUAGGAAAAUAUAGAUUAUAAAGCUAUCUUUUAUGUUUAUGUUAUUCUUGGGUCAAUUUAUUAUUUUAUUGUUAUUUCUCAGCCAAAUGUAGAUACCUUCAUUAGUAAAUGCAAUGAUUAAUUUAUGUACCCUGAAGGGCCAAAGUUUAAUAAUUGAUGAUUGUUUCUUUUCCUUUUAGGAGAGAAGCCACAAAUCUUACCGACCCUUAACAGUAUUGACCUUUCGUUUAAAUUAUUUGUUUAGUGAACUGAAACCAAUGUCAUAUCAUCUCCUAAAUAUGAUUUUUCAUGGUGUGGUUAGUGUGAUAUUUCUUAAAGUCUGCAAACUUUUUCUGGACCACAAGAGCAGUGUGAUUGCUGCUUUACUUUUUGCAGUGCACCCAGUACACACAGAAGCAGUAACAGGUGUUGUAGGAAGAGCAGAACUUCUGUCGUCUAUUUUUUUUCUAGCUGCAUUUUUGUCAUAUACCAAAUCAAAAGGACCAGAUAAUUCCAUAGUGUGGACUCCAAUUGUGUUGACAGUGUUUUUAGUGGCUGUUGCAACAUUGUGUAAAGAACAAGGAAUUACAGUUGUGGGAAUUUGCUGUGUGUAUGAAGUAUUUAUUGCCCAAGGGUACACUUUGCCAUUACUAUGUACCACUGCUGGGCAAUUUCUCCGUGGAAAGGGUAGUAUUCCAUUUUCUAUGCUGCAGACACUAAUAAAACUCAUUGUUUUGAUGUUCAGUACACUAUUGCUUGUUGUAAUUAGAGUGCAGGUUAUUCAGUCUCAACUUCCAGUAUUCACCAGGUUUGACAACCCAGCUGCUGUAAGCCCAACUCCUACAAGGCAGCUAACUUUUAACUACCUCCUUCCUUUGAAUGCUUGGCUCCUAUUAAAUCCUUCAGAGCUCUGCUGUGAUUGGACCAUGGGAACAAUACCACUUAUAGAGUCAUUACUAGAUAUUCGAAAUGUUGCCACAUUUGCUUUCUUUUGCUUUUUGGGGGCUUUGGGAGUAUUUAGUCUGAGAUAUCCUGGUGAUUCCUCCAAGACUGUUUUAAUGGCACUUUGCUUAAUGGCAUUACCAUUUAUUCCUGCAUCGAACCUGUUUUUCCCAGUUGGAUUUGUUGUUGCUGAGCGAGUACUAUACGUUCCUAGCAUGGGGUUCUGUAUUUUGGUAGCUCAUGGAUGGCAGAAAAUAUCAAACAAAAGUGUAUUAAAAAAAUUAUCCUGGUUUUGUCUGUCUGUGGUGAUACUCACUCAUGCCUUAAAAACACUCCAUAGAAAUUGGGAUUGGGAGUCUGAAUAUACAUUGUUUAUGUCAGCCUUGAAGGUAAAUAAAAAUAAUGCCAAAUUGUGGAAUAAUGUUGGUCAUGCUCUAGAAAAUGAGAAGAACUUUGAGAGAGCUUUGAAAUACUUCUUACAGGCUACCCACGUUCAGCCAGAUGACAUUGGUGCCCACAUGAAUGUAGGAAGAACUUAUAAAAAUUUAAAUAGAACCAAAGAAGCUGAAGAAUCUUACAUGAUGGCUAAGUCACUGAUGCCUCAAAUUAUUCCUGGUAAAAAAUAUGCAGCCAGAAUUGCCCCUAACCACCUAAACGUUUAUAUCAAUCUGGCCAACCUGAUCCGAGCAAAUGAGUCCCGACUGGAAGAAGCAGAUCAGCUGUACCGACAAGCGAUAAGCAUGAGGCCAGACUUCAAGCAAGCUUACAUUAGCAGAGGAGAAUUGCUUUUAAAAAUGAAUAAGCCUCUUAAAGCAAAAGAAGCAUAUCUUAAAGCACUAGAGCUGGACAGAAGUAAUGCAGAUCUUUGGUACAACUUGGCGAUUGUUCAUAUUGAACUUAAAGAACCAAAUGAAGCCCUAAAAAACUUUAAUCAUGCUUUAGAACUAAAUCCAAAGCAUAAGCUAGCAUUAUUUAAUUCUGCUAUAUUAAUGCAAGAAUCAGGUGAGGUUAAACUCAGACCUGAAGCUAGGAAACGACUUCUAAGCUAUAUAAAUGAAGAGCCACAAGAUGCUAAUGGUUAUUUCAACUUGGGGAUGCUUGCCAUGGAUGACAAAAAGGACACUGAAGCAGAGAUGUGGAUGAAGAAAGCCAUAAAAUUACAAGCCGACUUCAGAAGUGCUUUGUUUAAUCUGGCUCUCCUGUAUUCUCAGACUGCAAAAGAAUUAAUAGCUUUGCCAGUUUUGGAAGAGUUACUCAGAUACUAUCCUGAUCAUAUUAAGGGUCUCAUUUUAAAGGGAGACAUUCUGAUGAAUCAAAAGAAAGAUAUUCUUGGAGCAAAAAAAUGUUUUGAAAAGAUUUUGGAGAUGGAUCCAAGCAAUGUGCAGGGAAAACACAAUCUUUGUGUUGUUUAUUUUGAAGAGAAGGACUUAUUAAAAGCUGAAAGAUGCCUGGUUGAAACACUGGCAUUAGCACCACAUGAAGAAUAUAUUCAGCGCCAUUUGAAUAUAGUCAGGGAUAAAAUUUCCUCAUCUAGUUUUAUAGAACAGCCAAUAUUGCCAGCUGGUAAGACUUCCGGUGUAGAAGGAGACAAAAUUCCAACUGAAAAUGGAGACGAUACCAGAAGUGAACCAAGACCUACACAGAUUUUAAAAACAAGUGAUAAAAGUCAGUCUCAAUCCAACAAACAAUUAGGAAAAAAUACAGACAAAGACAUCCCUCACAAAACAGCAAAAGAAAUCAAAGAAAUUGAGAAGAAAAGAGUUGCUGCUUUAAAAAGACUGGAGGAGAUUGAACGUAUUUUAAAUGGUGAAUAGCAUUACUCUUUAUUAUGUCGCAGUGGCUUUCAAAGAACUUCACUUUACAUCAUGUUAUUGCUUAUACUGGGAGCUUUGAAAAAUACCAAGGAUAUGUAACUGUCUAUCAUGAACUGCCUCUACACAGGAUCAAAAUAAGAUUUUCACUGAAAACUUUUCUUCCCCCAGAGUAUGUAUUAUAUAAGAUAUGACAGUAGUUUUCUGCAUUUUUGGUGAAUGUAGCAGAAAUAUUAAAUUAUAGCUGGCAAAUUCAUAUCUUCUGUUAUAGAAAGAAAAUCCUUCCAGCAAAGCAACCUUGACUAUUAUCAAUUAAAAAUACUCUGAGGCUUGAAUGAUAAUAAUCCAUUAGGGGCAAAUCCAGCAUGUGCUGGUUUAUUCUAUGAAUUCACAUUUAUUAGCUGACUUCAUUUUCUUAUUACCUGUUAGAAUCUGAUUGUGGAUUGAAAACACUUGUUGAACACCUCUUUUUUUUCUUUAGUAACUUCUGUUUAAGGGAUUUUGCACUACAAAAGAAUGGUGUCUUCCAUUAUGUUGUAUUUCACUAUUGACUUUUAGAAGGAAUGACAGAUGAAACAUUUUAAAAAAAGAUGUGUUAGCAUAAGAAUGUAUUUUCAUGAUUGUGUGCCUGUCCUUCAUUCUAAAAUGCAGUUUUUAAUCAGGUAAAGUUUUAAAUAAUAUAUACAUAUAUAUAUAUGCACACACACAUACAUACAUUUCUAAUGGUGCUCAUAUAUACUGUAUUUUCAUUUUUUAUAUACUGAGUUUCACAGCAUGAACCACGUGAUCAUGACUGUCUUUGACAUUUACUAUUCAUGUUUAUUAAAAGGGUCGUAGUCAUAUUGAGAAGUCCCAAUAACUAUAAUUUUAUUUAAACUUUUUGGGUUAAAAAGUAGUUUCGCUUUCAUCUUAGUUUUAUCUCUCUAGUGUUAUUUUAAUUUUGUUUCCAAAAACACAUCUUUAAAAAAAAAGUUUAUUUUUAAACACUAAGUUCUUGUUGUCCUGCUAUGGUGUAUAUUUUUAUUAAAUAUUUAUUUUGACUACUGAAUUUUCAUAGAAUGUUAAAGCUGUUUUAAUUCCAUCUAGUAUGGAAAACAAAUUACUAUUGCAUUUUCUUAUAUGCGCAUAUUUUACAGUUUGACCAAAAUUCCAUGAUUUUUGGCCUCUCCAUCUGUAAAAGACAAUUAGCCUAAUGUAGGGUUAAUAAAUGAGCUGGUUUUAGUAAAUUUAAACCUGAAAACUGUUAGGUUGAAGAUUAGAUACAAAUUAAAUGUAUCAAUUUACAUCUGAUUUUUUUCUUGAGUUAAAAUGUAUUUCAGAUGAGUUUUAUAUACCUAAUCUGGUUUUAAUUAAAAAUGUUAAAGCUCAAGCUGUCAUACUGGGAUAGUAACUAAUUUCUAUGCAGUUUUUCAGAAACUAUUUCUGUUCCUCUGAGAGAACUGAUUUCUGAUUAUGUAUGUUUCAAAACCAUAUUCCUGUAACUUGUUUUAAAGAAAUGUUUUAUACAUAGGUCACAAGAAAUGUGGUCUGCAUUAAAGACCCACUCUAACUAGGUUCCUCAAGGCUUUUAGGCAAGUACUGACACUAGUGAUAGUUCAUUUUUGAUCCUUAAUAUGUGAUCCUAUUAAGCAGUAAAGCAAUAUCUAAUUUCAAUUCUUAAAUUAUGGCUUUGCAAUUCAAGAUAGAAGAUGAAUACCUCAUUUACAAUGAUUUGAAAAAUGACAUCUAUGUUAUUCUAAUGUUUUCUCUUCUUGAGGAAAAAGUUACUGAGUUUAGUCGCUAGUGUUACAGUAUCAAGUGAAGAUAAUUCAGAAAAAUAGGAGGAAAUCUUUCAUUACAGCAGACCAUAAUAAAAGUUUCGAGUAUAUUAAGUUAAUUAAAUUAUGUAACUAUUCAAAAUAAAUGUACUAAUGUUACUCAGUGGUUUUUAUUGAAAAAAAAUUUCCUCCUUAUUAGCACUUAGAACAGUGCUUAUCAUGUAGAAAGUGCUCUAUAUUUGAAUUUAACAUAAUUUAAAUCACAUCCACUCUGAGUAAUUAAUUUUUCCAAACCAAUGUUUGUCAAACCUUACCUCAUAUUAGAAUUACUGGAGGGCUCUUAAUGUAGACCUCAACCCACAAUAGUUAAAUCUGAAUUUCUUAGGGGUGAGCCGUACUUCAGUUUUCCUAAAAGUUAUGAGUAAUUCUAAUUUGUAGUCAAUGUUAGUGACCACUUCUCUUAAUUUGUUCAAGAAAAUUCUCUUUGUGUUUCCUGUGUUAACUUUUUUAGUUAGUAAUAUAACCCAAUUAAGUUUUGAUGUUUUAAGUUCUAAUAAGGAAUAUGCUUCUCUGAUAACUAGAACUUAUUCCAUCUUAAACUCCAUCAAGGGUUGCUUAUGUGUAAAAUGAUUAUUUCUUCUCUUUAAACUCAUUAUAGAAAUGUUAUUCCAGUUGUUCAGGUGAAAAAGGCAAUGGAUUUUUUUUUCACUUGGAGCUGCCUUUUGGGGGGAGUGGAGCAUUAGGGACAUUUUAUCCCUGUUCACUAAGCUGUGGUUCAGAGUUGUUAGCAUCUGUGUUUGGAAAAGAAUUCUUAUCGUAGGUUUGUGUGCUGGCAAAAGGAUGUAAUUUUAGUUCUGUUAAAAGAACCUAUUCCCCAGGAGUUCUAAAAAAGCUUUGACAAUCCCCAAAGGGAAAUUUAUAUUACUUCUUCACUGUUUCUGAGAAGGAAGAAUUAGUUUUUCUCAUAUUGCUCCUAUUUGUGUUUCCUCAUUAACACUCAGAAUUGGGAAUUUUAUAAUUAGUCUAGUAAGUAAUUUUAUGAAGUUGAUGACUUGGAGGGUAAAAAAUAAGUUUGCAAUUUUGUGUUUGCUUUUAUGUAAAUAUUUGGUAUGUGAAUUACACAAUUCUAAUAAAACAUGAUGCCUUUUCAUACAUCUAAUUUGAUCUCUCAA